GACAAGCAUCUGUGUUGUCACCAGGGGCGGACUGACAACUCAUGGGGCCCCCGGGCAAUAGGGGAUCAGGGGGCCCCUGUGUCCUUGCCCAAACUCAAAAAAGCCUAUGAAAAAGUUACCAGGGGCAUCUCAUGGGGCCCCCUACUGACCCCGGGCCCUCAGGCAGUGCCCGAGUUUCCAAAUGGUCAGUCCGCCCCUGGUUGUCACACUGGACUAAAAAGGAGUCACAAGUUAUUUUGCUUGCGCUGGUGAAUAGAACAGCAUGGGUGCAAAAGCAACUACUGUAUGUACAGCUGUGGAGAUUAGUUUUAAAGACAGUGGGAACACCAACAAAAUGA